AGGCGGCGGAGUCUAGCUUGAGCGGGUCUCCUCGGCGGCUGCUGGAGUAGGUACGUCUUUGCUCGAGCGCAUUGGCCCAGCCGUCGUCUGGCUGAUAACACCAGCUCCAAGUAAGGCGAGGCUUCGCCGGGUGGAGGCGGCGGGUCAGGGCGGUGCGGGCGUGGAGCGUGGGCGGCCUCUUGGCCUGCGGUGGAGUUGGUGCCCGCCCGCCAGUCGCGGAACCGCGCCUCUCGGGGUUGGGCCCUCUGCCUACUCUGUCCGGGAGAGCGCGCGGUUGUCGGAACCUGGAGCGGCGCACUCAUCGGAAGCAGGGAAAUCUCUGUGUGGGGCUCCGCUCGCCAACCCGCGGCCUGCCCGGAGAACCUCUUUUGCAAAAAUUUGUACAUACUGGACAUCUAGUUGGCUCCAAUUUGUAAACCACAGGAUGAGUAUUCAGUGGGCAUGAGAGAUUGAGAACAUUCUGCCACACCGUAAAUCUUGGUGUAGAUAGAUCACUUCUUUUCUGUGGAUUGAAGCCAGAGAGCACAAUGAGUACAAGAAAUCCUCAAAGAAAGCGGCGUGGUGGAACCGUGAAUUCUAGACAAACCCAGAAGCGAACUCGGGAAACAACUUCAACCCCUGAGAUUUCCUUGGAAGCAGAACCCAUAGAACUUGUGGAAACUGUUGGAGAUGAAAUCGUGGACCUCACCUGUGAAUCUUUAGAGCCUGUGGUUGUGGACCUGACUCACAAUGACUCUGUUGUGAUUGUUGAAGAAAGGAGAAGGCCAAGGAGAAAUGGGAGGAGGUUGCGCCAAGACCAUGCUGACAGCUGUGUGGUGAGCAGUGAUGAUGAGGAACUGUCUAGGGACAAAGAUGUGUACGUGACUACCCAUACUCCUCGAAGCACCAAGGAUGAUGGCGCUACUGGACUCAGGACCUCGGGUACUGUCAGCUGUCCGAUCUGCAUGGAUGGAUAUUCUGAGAUUGUGCAGAAUGGGCGUCUCAUUGUUUCUACAGAAUGUGGCCACGUCUUCUGUAGCCAGUGCCUCCGUGAUUCCCUUAAGAAUGCUAACACUUGCCCAACUUGUAGGAAAAAGAUCAACCAUAAACGAUACCACCCCAUUUACAUAUGAAAUGUUCACAACUGCUCAGGAUAGACCAAUGGACAGACAGCCGGGCUGGCUUUUCUGCAUGGUAUCUGCCUCCAGUUUCCUGAGCUCAAAAAGACUUUCAAAAAUCAAUGUCUGAUGUAAAACUGGUCUUUUGUUUUCCAACCCCUUAGAUCCUUUUGUUAUCUCCAGAGUGAUGCUUUGGAGCACGAUCCAGGGAUUCUCCCAGAUCAGAUCAGCAUCUCUGCCCCUCUGGGUGUUCUGAGCCCAGAGUAGGAAAAAAGGAGUCAGGCAUAUUGGAGUUGAGCAUCAUGGCCCCAGCCUCUAUGGAGCUUACAUUGGCCAAGUAGUUUCCCUGUUGGGAAAGUUUGUCCCAGCUCUUGUGGCUGCAGAACCUUCCCAAGGCACCUGCCAGUUAGCUAUUCUGCCUGCCAAACAGUGACCUGGCUAGACAGUCCAAAUAGCCCAAGGAUACCAGUACAUAAACUGCCCAUGAAAAGCCUAGCUGGUGGACUUUCAGUUUUCCUUCCCAUGAGAGCAGAGGUGACCUAUAAUUCUGCCUGAAACUUAUUAUUGAUGUGCAGUGUUUUCUGCAAAUCAAGAGAUUCUGCAGGGCAAUCCUGUUUCCUAAGAAUGAGAAAGUGCAAUAAAGUCCAUUCUUCACCUGCUCUUCAGCAUCUGGAAGAUGUAGCACUGAUAGUAUCCUCAGCCCAGUGUUGCCUAUGGGAGCAGUGCCCAUCCCACCCCAUCUCUGUUCACCAACUGUUCUCAGGAACCCUACGAAUGCUCCAAAGUUCUUUGCCUGGCACAGAACAUUCAAGGCUAAUAGGACAAGCAAGUGUUUGAGUGUCCUCUCUUUUCUGCUAAGAUGUGUCCUGUGUUGUCUAGAUAGAUAUCAGGAGGUGGUAGCAGUAACAAUGGCCUUAUCAGCUAUUCACUUACAUGCUUUUGCCCAAGUCACUGUUGCCCUACUUAACCUACUACUGCCCUGGCUUUCCCACACCCCUCAAAUAGAUGGAUAUUUCCAAAGCUGCUCUUCUAGCCAGUUGAGCUUUGAUCCUCUGGACUUUUGACUGCUCAAUAGGUUUUGGUCGGCAAAGCACGGUGCCUCUUUCUCCCAGUGGGACCACAUAACAAUCUCUGCUCCACUCUAUAUGUGUGGGAGCCUCUGGUGCUCUCAAAGACAGUGAGGUAGUAAAUUGCCCCUGGGGACACCAGGCACAGAAUGGCUUGUAGAGGGUAGGCCUUGAAUGCCAGCAUGCCUCCACCUCCAGAUUACUUCCUCAGAGGGCUUCAAGCCAAACCAAUAGCCUUUUUGUGUGAAACAUCUUUGAGGUGGAAAAGGGACCACUGGAGCUUUGCUAGCAAUAACUGACUUUCAGUUUACUGUUCUGAAGGAGCAGGGACUCAGCACAGAACUCACUUUAAAUGGAGCUGAAGGAGUGUCCCUCCUCUAUGUGAAAAGAAAAUAGUUUUAUUCUUCAUUCUGACUUUUUAACUGUUUGACUUCAGUUAGUUUGAAUGAGAGUAAUAAGUUUUUUUACAUGGACUCAGAGGGUAAGAGCAUUAACUCUCAUCAUUGUGAUGUGUGGUAUGUGCCCUCCCAUUGGAUGUCACAGCCAUUGAGUUCCCCAUGGGCCUCAUGGACUUGGUCUUGUUAGUUCUCUAAGAUAGCCAGACUUCAAGGAGACAAGGCAACCAUGCAGCCAGUUCACUGGUGACACCCACUUAAAAUUUUGUUUUCUCCUUAAAGACGGUUUAUGAAGUUGAUCAUAAAAGUUCUAUUACUUCAUCCUAAAUUAAAUUGGGAAAAAGAUGUGUUUAGUUCUUCUAAUCAGAAACUGCUUUAAUAGGAAAAGGUUGGUAUAGAAGAGAUUUUCUUUCCUUUUUCCUUAAUGUAUAUAGUUUUACUCUUUUCUUUGUUACAUUUAAACUAUGCUCAUGGGUAUCAGUCUGUUUUGGACUAGUAUUAAAGAUGGAAAUAAAACAAUUUGAACCAAGUA